GCAACGGCGUAUAUCGGACAGUGUCGUGGCAGCGGAUCAGCCUGGUGGGUCGAUUGGUCGCGAUCGGCUAAUGAUACGUUCUCCCCCCGGUGAUCGCGGUGAUCGCACGAGUUGAACGACGCUGAACGUGCGAGCCAAACCCGAACGGAACACGGCUUCUCGUCCAGGACAUCGAGACGCGGAACGAUGAGACUCCAGGAAACGGCGCUCCUCUGCGCCGUCUUGACUAUUGUAGCAGUGCAUAGUCAAAAGAGCAAAAAGGACGAGGAUAAGAAAGACGAGGAAUUUAGGUGUCCAGAAGGCCAGGGUAAUGGCAAUUUCGCCGAUCCGGCAACAUGCAGAAGAUUUUAUCAGUGCGUCGAUGGAUACCCGUAUCUAAACCGAUGCCCAUCGGGUUUGCACUUUGAUGACAUCAGCAAGUUUUGCACUUUCAAAAACGAAGCACGAUGCGGACCCAUUGAGACUACACCAGCACCAAUCACCGAACCACCUACAGAUUUGGCCGAGCGUUGUGACACGGCGAACUGCCAGCUUCCGUAUUGCUUCUGUUCCAGAGACGGCACAAUUAUUCCUGGCGGUCUUCAACCAGAAGAGACACCACAAAUGAUAAUAAUGACAUUCGACGGUGCGAUAAAUCAUAACAACUUCGAUCAUUAUCAGAAGAUAUUUACCCAAGAUCGUCUGAAUCCCAACAAUUGUCCGUUAAGAGGCACUUUCUUUCUCUCUCACGAGUAUUGCAAUUAUAAUAUGGUUCAGAGUUUGGCGCACGAUGGUCAUGAAAUUGCAACCGAGACGAUCUCGCUUCAGAAAGGCCUGGAGGACAAGGGCUACGAAGAAUGGGUCGGCGAAAUGAUCGGGAUGCGUGAAAUACUAAAACACUUCAGUAACAUUUCGACUAGUGAAGUGGUUGGUAUGCGAGCGCCUUACUUGAAACCCGGUCGCAACACUCAGUACAAGGUACUGGAGGACUUUGGAUACAUAUAUGACAGUAGUAUAGGAAUCUCGCCCUUAAAAGUGCCAAUCUGGCCGUAUACUCUUGAUUACAAGAUCCCACAUGAAUGUAAGGCGGGUACUUGUCCCACCAAAUCGUUCCAAGGUAUUUGGGAGCUACCCCUAAAUGCACAUUAUGUGGAGAGUUAUGAAGGUGGCCAUUGUCCUUAUUUGGAUCAAUGUGUGCUUCAUAAUCAUGAUCCUGAAGAAGUAUUUGAAUGGUUGCAGGAAGAUUUUAACAGAUAUUACGAGCAGAAUAGAGCACCAUACAUGAUGCCCUUCCAUACUAAUUGGUUCCAAAUUAAAGAGCUUGAACGUGGUCUGUCAAAAUUCCUCGAUUGGGUGGUAACACUACCUGAUGUUUAUUUUGUAACCGCCACACAGGCAUUAACAUGGAUGACCGAUCCGAAACCGAUCAAAGCUCUGCAUAAUUUUGAAGGAUGGUCAUGUAAGAAGAAAGAGAACUUGCCAGGUCCACCAUGCAAUAAUCCACAUAAGUGUGCUUUAGAUUUUAAGCCUGCCGAAGCAAAUUUCACAACAACGAGGUAUAUGGAAACAUGUAGAGAAUGUCCAAACAGGUAUCCCUGGCUAGGAGAUUCUAAAGGUACAGGAUUAUACAAUGACAAUUAUAAUCCUGAGAAGAAAUAGGAGUCUGAAAUGAAUUAAACUUAAUUCUAGUGCAAGUAGAUUGUGUUUUGUUCAUUGUUAUCAAAACAAAUAUUGUGGAUUCGCGCUAAAUCUGUUAUCAAUCAUAUCAAAAGCAUCUCACUUAUUUUAAUAUUGCAAAAAUUUUAUGAAAUAUUAAUUUGUAUCUUCCAAAUGUACAAAUCAGUGUACGUAAACUUAUGUUAUUCCUAUAUAGAGUGUAUACAUAAGUCAACAUCAUUCACAAGCAUCUAUAACAUUAAACAUUGCUCAAUCUGAAAGAAAAAAUAAAAUAUUUUGAUGCUAGAAAAA